AUGGCAGACGGAAGGUUGGCCGUCCUCCUUGCGCACCUAGCCCCUGAGCAGCAAGGCACAGCAUCACAACCCGGCAGUCGAGUCGAGACGCCCUGGUUUGCAGCUUCUAGUGGACCUCUAGUCAUCGUCGGUGGUGUAUGCCUUGAUAUCCAGGCUCAACCCAACUCCGUAGAUGUGCAGCGAGGCACGUCGGUUCCUGGACAGAUCCGGCAGGUGCCCGGGGGUGUGGGUCGCAACAUGGCGGAGGCCCUCAGCGGCCUAGUGCCAUUAGACCGGCCCGCGCCCGUGUUCGUGUCGUUGGUGGGAGACGACACGGCGGGCAGCUUCCUCACCACCUUCCUGCGGCGGCUCCGGUUAGAUCUGAGCCAGCUGAUCACCCUCCCGGGAGCAACCACUCCGUGCGUGUCGGCAAUGUUAGACAGGGGCGGCGAGGUGGCGGCGUGUGUUGCGGACGUGACGGCCGUGGAGCGGCACCUCACACCGGAGCGCCUGCGGGAGUGCCAGCCGCAGAUACAGCAGGCGUGCAUGCUGCUGGCGGAGGGCAACUUGUCCGCGGAGGCGCUCGAGUAUAUCAGCCGUACGGCGGCCCUCGCGCGGGUGCCUGUGUUCCUAGAGCCCGUGUCGGUGCCCAAGGCAACCCGCCUAGUGUCGGCGCUGCCGUACGCCACGUUCGUGUCGCCCAACGCAGCGGAGCUUAUUUCGAUGGCGGACGAGGGGGCCCCCGGGGGGAGACAUGGCGGCAGAAGUGGGUUCGGCGGUGGCGGUGGCGAUGGUCGGGUGGUUUUGGAGCCGGUGGCGGAGCUGCUCCGGCAGCUGGCGGCCUUCGCGGAGGUGCUGUUAUUGCAGGGUACCUCGUGUGUGGUACUGACCCUUGGGUCGCUUGGCGCGGCACUGAUUACCCUGGCCGCCAAUGAGGCAGCAGCCGGUGCAGGCCCGCGCUCCACCUUGGAGCCGUUGGACGCUUGCAGCACCUCGGUACCCGCCGUCGGUGCAAAUUACAACGUCAGUUGCAGCGGCGGCAAUAACAACAGCAGCUGUUGCUGGACCUCGAAUGCCCAUGCCGACGUACGAGCUACGAGGAGGCCUGAUGGUGGUGUCCUGCCAGCCCCCGUUGCCAUGUCAGCCUCCCCGCAUGCUGCGGCCAUCCGCGCAGCAAGAGGCGCUACCGCCUCGUGGGCUUUACCAGUCCCCAGGGGGGAUGUGAUCCGGGGAGCGCUGCUGGCGCGCCACGUCUCCUCAGCGCCGGUGCUGUUGUCCGUACCCGCGUCCACACUAUCCUCGUCAGCGAGCCCGGCGGCCGCGGCAGUAACCCUGGAAGCGGCAGCGGAGGUGGCGGCGGGUGGUUUAGCGGCGGGACGCCAAACGGCGGUGCAACAGUCGCAGCGCUAUGCUGUACAGGUCGUACACCUGCGGGCACUGCCCGCGGAGGUGGUCAGUGUCAAUGGCGCAGGUGACACGCUUGUGGCUGGAAUGGUGGCUGCGCUGCUGCAGCAGCAGGACCCGGUGCACGCCCUGGCGUACGGCAUGGCGGCGGCUAAGCGCGCUGUGGAAAGUCACCGCAACGUGCCGGAUCUGGAGUAUGGCUCACUUCGGCAAGAUGCGGAGACAGUCGUUUCGACGAUGCAGCAUCAUUUCUUCCCGUCGUCGUUGGCAGGGUCUCCAGCCGCGUCCUGA